AUGUCCGAACAUUUUGUUGUGAUACGCACAUGCAUGCAUGCGUGCAGGUACCCGGUAAUACAGCCAGACACGAAGCACACCAAGCUCAAGGUGUCUCAGGAGGGCCUCAGCGUGAUCAGAAGCAUCAAGAAUCCCAUCGCCAUCGUUGCGGUGAUUGGACCGUACAGAUCAGGCAAAUCUUUUCUGCUCAACCAGUUGCUUACACUCACGUGCGAUGAAGGGUUCGGGGUGGGUCAUGCACGCGACACCAAGACCAAAGGCAUAUGGGUGUGGGGCGACCCAAUGGAGAUGCAGGUGAACGGGCAGACCACGUCGUUGACUGACUCUCUAGAGUCGACUCAAAAGGCAGGUGAAGGUGAACGGGCAGGCCACGUUGUUGCUUUCCUGGACAUCGAGGGCUUUGAGAGCGUCGGCAAGUCAUCCGUCUACGAUGACAGGAUAUUUGCCCUCGCUACAGUGUUAAGCUCAGUGCUGAUAUACAACCUUGCAGAAACGGUGAAGGAGGCGGAUAUAGCCAAGCUGUCAUUCGCUGUUGAACUGGCAGAAGAGUUCUAUGGCAGGUGGGUGGAGGUUGGGGUGGGGGACGGGGUGGGUUGGGUGGUGGGGGAAGGGAAGGGGGGUCGAGACGAGGUGUUCACACCAGCGAAGCUGCUAUGGCUCAUUCAACGAGACUUCCUAGAGGGUAAGACGGUGCAGGAGAUGGUGCGGGGGGCACUGCAGCCGGUGCCAAACCCAGAGGGGGACAAGGACGUGGAUCAAGUGAACCUCAUCCGCCAGUCGCUCAACCUCAUGGCCGCCAACAGCACUGCCUUCGGCCUCACUCAGGACGUGGAUCAAGUAAACCUCAUCCGCCAGUCACUCAACGGCAUGACCGUCAACAGCACUGCGUUUGUUUUGACCGAGCCGCACCUCGCACGAACGCGGCCGCGCGAGCUAUCAGAUGACGAGCUACACCCCAAGUACGUACCCCAUCACAACCAGUCCCUCAGUUGUGGCCAUUCCUUUCCUCCACCCCCAUCCCUCCUCCCCCACCCCAUCCACCAGCCCCACCUCGCACGAACGCGCCUGUGUGAGCUAUCAGAUGACGAGCUGGACCCCAAGUACGUGCGCCAGCGCAACCAGCUGCGGCAGCUGGUGGCGUCGCUGGUGCAGCCCAAGAUAGUCUCGGGGAGGCCAGUUACUGGGGAGGAGUUUGCAGACCUGCUAGAGAAGACCCUGAGCGCCCUUAACAAGGGGCACAUCCCAACAGCCGGCUCUGUCGUCGAUGCAUUCAACCGGGCAGUACAAGACAAGUGUCUUGCUCUCUACCACGACACCAUGAAACGCCUGCUGCCCUUCCUGCCAGCAGAGGAGGCGGUGCUGCUGGCGGCUCAUAGGAAUGCCAGUGGCGACGCCUUAGGGGCCUUUGAGAGGGAGAGGUUUGGCGGGAAGAGUGUGGAGGAUGCUGUUCGGCCUUUGAAGGAUGAGCUGAGAGAGGAACUGGUGAAGCUGAAGCGGGAGAACGAGUUUGGGUCGGCCAAGGCAUGUGAGGGCGCGCACAGGGGGUGCGAGGAGGAGCUGGACGCUCUAGCCAACAUGCGCCUGCCAUGCCAUCAGAGAGUGUCUCCAUGUGAGCUGGUGAAGCUGAAGCGGGAGAAUGAGUUUGCAUCGGCCAAGGCAUGUGAGGGCGCGCACAGGGGGUGUGAAGAGGAGCUGGACGCUCUAGCCAACAUGCGCCUGCCAUCAGUAGCCAAGUUUGAUGCCCGCCUGGAAGCAUGCAAUCACACCGUGGAGCAUGCCUGUCGCGGGCCCAGCAAGUCAGCCUACCGGGACCGGCUGAAAAAGACAUGGACUCGAGAGCGGUCCCAAUUUCUCAAGGAGUACAAUCAGCGUCUCUUCAACUGGCUGGUCAUCGGCUCGCUCGUGCUUGUCGUCGUCGGCCGUUUCAUGGUGAAGUGGGUGGUCGUCGAGGUGCUUGCGUGGGCGCUCUUUGUGUUCCUGGAGACCUACACACGCAUCUUCUGGUCCUUUGACUCGCUCUACCUCAACCCCGCCUGGCGCACCUUUGUCAACAUUUGGGAGGCCGUUGUUUACAACCCCUUCAUCGACCUCGACCUGUGGUCCGUGCCCCUGCUGUGGGUGUUGCUCAUCCUCAUCAUCAUGUGUCGCUGCUACCGCUGUCGCAAGCGACCACACACCCCGCUCCUCCCCACACACCACGACACGUUACACACGCGUAGAUCAGAGUAA